AUGCAGGGUGUAGUCCCAGUAGACGGAAGAGUCCAAUGCAAAGGAGUCCAGCUAGCUUCCCAUUGUAGGCUUCUCCAAUGGCGUCGGACCUCGGUCCCUGGUAGUGCUCCUGUCCUCUUUCGCAAGCUCCUUCCUAUCCUGAUCCUCUGGGAACUUUGGAAAACAAGGAACACUGCUCGGUUCAACAACAAACCAAUGAGAGCCUUCUCCAUUAUAGCUCGUAUCAGAAUUUUAGCUUCCAUGCUGGUCAACAACUCCAUAGGGAAUGCACCCCAGCAGUUCCACUCCCGAGAUGCUAUGGGGAUCUCGUCUCCUCCUCCUCCUCUCUUUCACACUGAAGUGAUCAGGUGGGCCAAAUUGUCCUCGGACUGGGUCAAGGUUAACGUGGAUGGGUCAAUGAGAGGGAAUCCAGGCCUAUUUGGAGGAGAGGGCGGCUACAAAAAUACCAACGGUGAUCUCAUUUUGGCUUUCUCUCUUGGUUACGGCAUGGGCUCCAACAAUGGAGCUGAGCUCCGUGCAGUUCAUGACAGGAUCCAGUUGUGUCUGGAAUUGGGGCUGAACAAGGUCGUUAUCGAAUCUGAUUCUUAG